AUGGGCAAAAAAGCGACCAAAGCGACAAAGAAGUUUGUCGCCAGUGGACAACUAAAGAAGACGAUCGAGGCGCGCCGCAAAAAGCAACAAAUUGCUAAGAAGUUUGCUGCGCGACGGGGAAACAAAGGAGGGAAAGGGAAAGACCGUGCAGAUGAUAGGGACGAUGAAGAAGAUGAGGCCGAGGAGCAGGUAGCACCAUCCACCAAAAAGUCGCAGAAGAGGAUGACAGUGGAUAGUUUCCUUUCUGGAGACUUUAUGGACCAGAGUGACGACGACGGUCUUGGAGAUGAAGACCAAGAUGUCGGUAUGGGGGGCGGAAACGAUUCUGAAGAUGAUGAUUUUGAAGGGGGAGAAGGAGAAUCGGAUGACGAUGGCUCGUUUGCCUCAGUGGACGACUUGGACGAGGAUGGCGAAAACCAUAUGCUCGAACUAUCGAAACUCGCAGAAAAAGAUCCCGAAUUUUACAAAUACCUUCAGGAAAAUGACAAAGAACUUCUAGAAUUCAACCCAGAUGCUAUCCCUGACGACUCCUCCGAUGAGGAAGGUGAAGACGAAGAUGUGGAUAUGGAAGAAGAAGAGAAAACGCCUGUUCUGACGAAGGAACAAAUCAAAAAGUGGCAAAAAUCACUGUUGGAGCAAAGAUCAUUACGUGCUCUUCGUAAACUACUCAUAGCCUUCCGUUCUGCGGCGCACUUGAACGAGGAUGGUCGGGUUCUGGCAUGGGCUAUUGAUAGUUCUUCAGUAUACAACAAACUGGUCACCACAACGCUGCGAUAUACACCUGUGGUAUUAGAACACCACGUGCCCUAUAAAACUCUCGCAAACGGCAAAUUCAAACCCCCAACUCAGACCCCAAAAUUCAAGACCCUGCAAAAACUCAUUCUUUCCCAUUUCCACAAUGCCACAUAUAUCUUAUCACAAUUGACCGACGAAGAAACCCUUAGGCUGGCUUUGACUGAAAGCGCGAAGCUGGUGCCAUAUAUCAUUAGCAGCAGAAAAUCAGUAAAAGCAUAUCUCAAGAAAUGCUUGGAAUUAUGGUCUAACGGCGCCGACAGUAUACGCAUUGCAGCAUUCCUUUCUGUGCGAAGACUUGCAGCUUCGUCCGACGAGUCAAUAAUCGACAACAUCAUGAAGUCAACGUACCUUACUCUCCUUCGUUCGUCGAAAUCGACAAGCGCUUUCACCUUGCCUUCAAUAAACUUGAUGAAGAACUCUGCUUCAGAAGUCUUUUGCUUGGACCAUGCUACUGCCUACCAGCAUGCGUUCGGUUAUAUUCGCCAACUUGCCAUCCAUCUAAGAAACAGCAUGAAAAUUAAGUCCAAGGAAGCUUUUAAACAGGUUUAUAAUUGGCAAUUCGCGCACUGUGUCGACUUCUGGUCAAUUGUGCUUGCACGGGCAUGUGAUGUCCAUUCUGAAGAAGCCAAUGGUAAACAGAGCGAGCUCCGACCCCUCAUCUACCCUCUAGUUCAAGUAUGCCUUGGAGCCAUCAAGCUCGUACCCAACAGUCGAUCGCAUCCCUUCCAUCUUCAGAUCAUCCGCUCCCUUCUCCACCUUACUAAGCACACACAAACGUAUAUUCCUCUCUCGUCGUACCUUGUCCCCAUCAUCGCCUCAUGUCUGACUCCGUCCACUCGACCAAAAGCAUCGACACUCCGUCCGUUGGAUCUGGAGGUGCAGAUCAGGGUGCCCCAGCAGUACGUCAAGACGCGUGUGCUCCUAGAGGGCAUUAGCGAAGAGUCGGUAUUCUUGCUGGCGGAAUGGCUGGCGAGCGCGCCUGUGCACGGCAGUGUCGCUUUCCCUGAGAUUGUCGUGCCCAUUCUGGUCCUUCUGAGGAAGAGCCUGAAGACCGGGAAGAAUUCAAAGACCGGUUCUGCAGGUGGCAAAGAGCAGACGCUGGUUAAAGUGUUUUUGGAGCGGCUGGAAGAGAGCUCGAAAUGGAUGGAAGAGAAGAGGAAAACUGUGCAUUUCGCACCGUCUCGCCUGGGUGAUGUUCAGGAGUGGGAGAGGGCUAUCAAGCCCAAGCUCGAAAGCGACACACCGCUCGGCAAGUAUCUCAAAGUCCAAAGAAAAACGCGGGAAAAACGCCGGAAAUUGGUGGAAAAGGCACGGCAUGGUGAAGAUGAGAUCUUGGAAGAGGAUUGA